AUGAGCACAACUAACAUCGACGAACAAAAUGGAAAUCAAUGUAGUAACAAUUUAAUAUAUGGAGCUGGUUAUGAUUUAGCUGCUCGACGUAAAAAUGCGACGCGCGAAUCAACAGCAACACUUAAAGCGUGGCUCAAUGAACACAAGAAGAAUCCGUAUCCAACGAAAGGCGAGAAGAUCAUGUUGGCAAUUAUCACAAAAAUGACAUUGACGCAAGUGUCAACGUGGUUCGCGAAUGCUCGGAGACGACUAAAAAAGGAGAACAAAAUGACAUGGGAGCCUAAAAAUAAGACAGAUGAUGACGACGAUGCCAUGGUAUCUGACGACGAAAAGGACAAAGACGAUCUUAUGGAUAAGGAUCGGGACCAUAAAGAUUCUAUGCACCGCGUGAAAUCCGAGCAUGAUAAAGAGGAUGACGAAGAUGAUUUGACAGAUGAUGAGCGACGAGUUCAUCACGAAAUGUUGGGUCAUCAUAACGCAGCGAUGGCACACCAUCAUCCGUAUUACCAUCAUUCGAUGUUUAACCAUCAUUUAAAACAGGAGAUGGAUCCAAAAAACCAAUCAGGGAGCGACUGUGGCGUACCAAUUCCAGCAUCAAAGCCGAAAAUUUGGAGCUUGGCGGACACAGCCGCUUGCAAAACUCCUCCGCCAUCAAUGCAUCAUCACUUGAAUCAACAUCAGCAACAGCAAUCGCAACCGAAUCCGCAUCAAACACAGGGAAUGUACAAUCAUCCGCAGGAAAAUCCAUGGAUGACAAACAACAAUAUGGCAAGUUAUCAUCCGUCGCAGCAGCAGCAACAACAAAUGCAUCAGCAACAAAUGCACUAUCAGCAACAUCAGCAGGGAACGCAAUCGCCUACAGCGGGCAAUCCUAUGCAAAUGAUGACACAACUCGUCGCUGGAGCUACUCCAAUGUCUACCAACAACACGCAGCAGCCCAAUAUGCAGAAUAUGCAAACAACCCAGGAUACAACUACUAUUGGGCAUCAUCAAACCCACGGCAAUAUGCAAACAGCUGGCAUGAUGAACAGCUACGACAAUUCUCCCUAUUCCCGGAAUCCUCAGCAAUACGCGGGGUUUCCGUCCCAAACACAGUACAACAACAACAAUCCUAUGACAGCGCCCAUGAAUCUCAAUCAGAGAUCGCCGUCGCAUCAGAAUCAACAUCCAAACAACAGUCAACAACCGCCGUCGUCGAUGGGGUUUCCCGAAGUGCAAACAGAUACGCCGCCCCAAACGCCGCCGAAUAUGAAAGUUCCCAAUCUAACUACGCUCACUACGACAGGUACAUGUUUCAAUAAUAGCAACAGCAAUAGCAAUAGUACACGCGGAAAUUCAUCAUCUCCAGCGCCCGCAUCGUACAUUGGCAAUUUUCGAAUGUCCUCAACCGCAAAUAACAACAUUGAACCGCAGAAAAGGACCUCUUCUACCGAAUAUAACAACAAUAAUAACAACAGUGAUUUAACCAACUCGUUCAAACCAUUUUUCAACAAAACCAACCAACAAAUGAACGGAUUCGUUUCCCCUGUCUAAGUUCUUUCAACCACAAAUAAUUGUCCGAAUUCGGUUAGAAGAACCAUUAAAGUCAUCAUCAAACAAACAUCAGGAAACACUUCAAACAACUAUUACAAUUUGGACAGCACACAUCAUUACAGCAACAACCAUCAGUACUACUAUAACAACAGCAAUAAACAACAAUUUAUCACAUUGUAAAUACAAAUAAUAAUAAUGAUGAUACUGAGGG